AUGAACGGUUUCCUCUACAAGCACCCUAGCACCAUACUAGCUUCUGAUUUGAAGACUUUGCUUCUCAACCAUGCCGUCCGGUCAUCGGCGAACAUCGUCACCGCUGCUGAGUUCCCUGGCCUCAACACCCUUGGCAUGUCGAUGACACGGACCGACAUCGAUCCCUAUGAUGUAGUGCUUCCCCACUCUCACCCAAGGGCGUCCGAGAUGAUGUUUGUCCCCAGUGGCAGCGUGCUGGCCGCUUUCUUUGACACCACCGGUAAGCUGUUUCAGAAGAGAUUAUGUGAGGGGGAUGUUUUCAUCUUUCCCCGUGGUCUGGUUCACUUUAUCAUGAACUAUGGUCUCCGUCUUGCGACGAUGUUCUCGGUGCUCAGCAGUCAGAACCCUAGUGUGGUUGGAAUCACCCACGCGAUGUUUGCGCCAGAUUCAGAUGUAGUUGAGGGCUGGUGGCCCGAAUGA